AUGGAAAAUAGUGUCACUAAAAAUGAGUUGAGCCAUGCCCUCGAACAGCUCAACAAAAACUCCAGUGACCCGAAUUUGGUAAAGGAGGCAGAUGUUUUGCUCAAAAAAGUCUACUCGCAACUCUCACAAACAGGAUCAGAAGGCCUAAAUCUGAUUCCUGCAAUCUUGGGUUUUCUUCAAUAUGACAAACUCAACUCAAUUGUGCUGGCCAGUCUGAUCACAUUGCAAACAAAAGGCGGUAGGGAGUACAAUGAGAAACUGACUGACUCUCUGGAAGAUCUGAUUGAACUCUCGCCUCGACAGCAGGUAUUCAAAGUUCUGACCCAACUGUUCACCAUUGCACCCGCAAUCUGCCACCAGCUGUUUAUCGAGAACCAGACUCUGGUUUCCUACAUAACGACAGAGACAACGGAACUCAUAAACGAUACGAUUCCAAAGUCCAGGUUUGCAAGCCUUUUGGCUCUCUUUUCAGCAGCGUGCGUGGACGAACUGUGUCGAAUCCCUAUUGCUGUCCAGUACUCAGUGGUUCCCAUCCGGGCUUUGGAGUCUAAUGAUCUCCACACGCGGGCCCUCGGAGCAUUGGUGGUUUUGAAGAUAUGGAAUAAUUUGAAAAAAGAGACUUUCAAAGAUCAUCCUAAUUUGUCCUUAAACAACUUGGAAAAAGUGCUCUCAGAAGCUCUUGAGAAAAAUGACCCUUCCGCAGUUGAGGGACUCGCCUACUUGUCUCUGAAUAGCAGAUUUCUGAGAGACAAUCACUUCUUGAUAGAGAAACUGACAGAAUUCCUGAAUACUGAGCCGUAUGGAGUUGUUUGCGUGCUCGCAAAUCUGUCCCGGGUCGCCAAGAAAGACCAGCUUAGUCAGCUGAAAAACAUGAACAAGGAGCCCGACAACGAGAAACAGCUUUGCGGUUUUUUCAAGUUCUUGGUGGAUUCUGGCAUUGUUGGGAAAGUCACAAGUCUGAAGUCUGUCUCUUCCAGAGUUCAGGAGAAAGCAAUAGAGUUGCUUUACAACAUAUCAACAGACCGCAGCUGCCGUCCACCGCUUGUCCAGCAAGGCGGAGUUGGCACGGUAGUCACAUACCUCAUUAAAUCGUCUCAGAACAUCGACUACAAGAACGGAAUAUCAAUUAGCAAACCGGUAGAGAACCAGGAAUUGCGUCUCACUGCCAUCAACACGCUCGCAAACAUUCUUUCUAGUAGCAAUCCCACUGCUGUUUUCACCCGUUCCGAGCUUGUUACACCCGUUCCAUUUUUGCUUGAGCCAGUGAUUCAAUACGACAUAGAAAUUAAUGGCACCCAAACCACAAGCCCCCUUUCACAGCUUGAAAUAGAGAACGCUGAUCUAUUUACCUCGCUGGUUGCUCUUAUCAACCUAUCGUCCGUUGACGACAUGGACGUGAAGCUUGUUCCGAUGAAAUUAGGAUGGCCAGCCAUUGGCAAUCUCAUGCUCUCUGCCAAUCUCCAGAUUAGACGCUGUAUUUUGGAGCUGUUGGCAAACCUCAUUGUGACUCCGCUAUGCAUGGAGAAGUUCUUCAACUGGACUUCAGAGAAGGACGAGAAUUACAGGAAUUUCAAGAUUCUUGUUCAGCUUGUCGAUCUUGACGAUCGCGCGUCGCAGUUGGCGGUGCUAAAUAUCCUGGCAAACUCUAGCGACUUUGAGUUGGUCGCGGUCAUACUGCAAAAGUCAGAGAUGUUUUUGGACCGACUAUUCGCCUCACUUCAAAACCAGUACGACUCAGAUAUUCUUCUACGUGGAUUCUACAUUCUCCAGAACCUAGCAGGCUUGCCGGAUCAUGAGCUGGUGGCUUCCUAUGCUCAAAGGCACAAUCUGAAAGGCAUGUUAGGAGACAUAUUCCGAAACGUUGGUGACUUGGAGGUGAGACACAUGGCAAUUGAUGUUUGCAAGAGGUUGCAACAGUAA